GAAAUUGGACGCAAAUAAAAUUAUUACCAACUUGACCAUUCGGUCAGCCAUUUUUUUUUGGGAACGGUUCUACUGGGUUCUUCCACCAACUCUCACGUCGCACGGUGAACCGCAGUGCAGACAAGAUGCUGUCGAGGUUGGCUCUACGGAAUGCUCAAGCUUUGCCCGCCGUUACUCAUGGCGCGCAGGCUCUAACUUCAUCUACCCAAGCCACCAAUCGUCCGGUCAGAGCGGAGUUUGGUGGAAAGGUUCGCCUAGGAUUUCUCCCUGAUGAAUGGUUCACCUUCUUUUAUCCCAAGACCGGUGUUACGGGACCCUAUGCAUUUGGCCUUGGUUUGACAACCUACUUGUGCUCUAAAGAGAUUUAUGUCAUGGAACAUGAAUAUUAUACCGGUCUAUCCAUUCUGCUUAUGAUCAUCUAUGGCACUAAGAUGUUUGGUCCAAAGGUCGCUGCUUAUGCAGACAAACUGAUCGAUGAGCAAACCACAAAUUUGAAUGACUCUAGGAACAGCGAGAUUGAAUACUGUGAGGAAUCAAUCAAAUGUGAAAAGGAAGCUCAAUGGCAAGCUGAAGGUCAGACUCUUCUAAUGGAAGCCAAGAAACAAAACAUAGCCAUGCAACUUGAAGCAGCUUACAGAGAACGCUUGGUCCAAGUGUAUACUGAGGUUAAGAAGCGUUUGGACUACCAGGUACAGAUUCAAGCAGUUGAGCGUAGAAUAAGCCAGAAACAUAUGAGUGAAUGGAUAAUUUCAAACGUAUUGAAGUCCAUCACACCGGAACAAGAAAAAGCUACACUCCAGCAAUGUAUCGUCGAUCUUCAAGGUUUGGCUUCAAGAACUUGAAAACGAGAAAUACCUGAAUAUUUAGCAAAAGUAGCAAACCUAAUGUACAUUGUGCGUAAAAAAUUUCACUGUUAGUCUCAAAAACGACAUGUAUCGACAGAAAAAAAUUUCCUUCAGCCAUCUCGUAUAACAUGCGUAACUUCGUUUGAUAGAUGGUGUCAUAACUUUGUAUGACCAGUUAUAAUUCAAUACAGUUAUGGUCAAUGUGAAUAACAUUAUUAU